AUGUCCACCAUUUCAAAGCUUGCUCAGUUCGGUAAGAAGCAUAUAGCCAAAGGAAUCGGUAGAUCUACCGAGCUCGUUAUCGAAAAGGCCAAAGGAUCAUAUGUUUAUGCUGUUGAUGGCAAGAAAUAUCUUGACCUCUCUACUGGUAUUGGCGUGACAAACACUGGUCACUGUCAUCCUACUGUCGUCAAAGCUGUUCAAGAGCAAGCUGCUAACCUCUCUCAUGGUCAAGUCAACAUCUUUUUUCAAAAGCCAAUGCUUGAUCUUAUCGAAGGUUUAUUACCCAAGAUGCCAUCAUCUAAGCUAGACACUUUUUUCUUUUGGAACUCUGGUUCUGAAGCUGUUGAAGCUGCUAUCAAGCUCGCGCGUCAUGCGACCAAAAGACAAAACAUCAUCGUCUUUCAAGGAUCAUACCAUGGCCGUACAUUUGGUACUAUGGCCCUAACAACUUCCAAGACCGUGUAUGGCGCAGGUUUUGGUCCCCUCAUGCCUGGUGUUCAUGUUGCUCCCUUCCCUUACUUCCAACAAUGGGCUGCUCAUAAGGCCGAUCCCAAGAAAUUCACUCCAGAAUGGUGCGGUGAAGAGGCCCUUCACCAGCUCGAACUGGUGUUAAAGCAACGCUCUGAUCCUAAAGAUACGGCUGCCAUCUUGAUUGAACCCAUCCAAGGUGAGGGUGGCUAUGUCGUACCUCCCGACAACUUCAUGAAGGGUCUUCGAAAAAUCUGCGACAAGUAUGAUAUUUUGUUGAUUUGUGAUGAAGUUCAAUCUGGUUUUGGUCGUACUGGCAAGAUGUUUGCUGUUGAGCAUUUUGGUAUUGUUCCAGAUAUCAUGGUGAUGGCCAAGGGCAUUGCUUCUGGAUACCCACUCUCAGCUAUUGUCUCUCGUAAGGAAUUGAUGGACCAACAGCCCCCCGGAUCCAUGGGUGGUACUUACUCUGGUAACGCUAUUGCCUGUGCUGCUGCCAAGGCUACUCUUCAAGUGUUUGAACAGGAAAAACUUUUGGAUAACUGUAAUGCAAGAUCUGAACAAUUUUUCAAGGGCUUAAGAGAGAAAAUCCCAGCACUUUUACCCGAGGGCGUUACAUGCGAUAUUCGAGGUAAAGGUCUCAUGAUCGGUAUUGAAUUCAUGGGCGUACCCUAUGGCUUUGCAAGCAGUGUUGCAAAUGAAGCCUUGAAACAUGAUACCAUCCUUUUAACCACUUCUAUUUACGAAACCCUUCGUCUCAUUCCCCCUCUUACUAUUACCAAGGAAGAAACUGACCUUGCCCUUGAUCGUGUAGUUAAGAGUGUUGCUGCUGCUGUCAAAAACGUCAAGCAUGCUUAA